CUUUAUUUCAUAACAGUGAAGCUUUACAAAACUAUGUUGUUGACCUUCAUGCACACCGACCUUCGAGUGGCUGAUUCGUUGAAGUUCGUGAACGGUGGAGUCACAUUUAACAAGUCCAAGUUGCUUAUUUUCAAGCUUACAUCUUUGCAGCAAAUGUAAAAGGUCGUUGUCCCUUUUGCGGCUGAGCAAAACAAAAAUCAGCAAAAUCCAGUGCAUAUAAGCAGAGAAUUAAAAAUAGAGGAACAGUGUAGGGAUUUAUAUUGUGGCAUCGUUAUUCUUUUGUUUCCAGUUUUUAAGUCAAAGAUAGUCGAGACGGUAAAAUCUAUGCAAAUACAGUUAAUGCGCUCUCUGUAGUUGGUGGGCUUGGAGUCAUGUGAGUGGUUCAUAUGAAUAAAAAAACAUUAGAUUCAGUAGAGGUGGUUACAUUCUUUCAAAUAGUCUGCAGUUGUCGCCUAUGCGGCAUGUAGGCAGCAUUUUACACACACUCACACACACACACACACACACACACACACACACACACACACACACACACACACACACACACUCACACAUACAUACAUACAUACACCUUCAGUCUCUCACACAAAGAGACAUAGGCUUUACCCUUUUGGUGUUUUACAACUUUAAAAACCACUUCACUGAGCCUCUGCUGUUGAACAGGUGAGGUCCAAAUGACGGUGUAACAGUCUCUUAGCGUAAUUUCAUUCUUCUUUUUUUUAAAAAAUGUAAUUGCCUCGGUGUUAUUGAACCAGCCUGUGUAAAGUCCCGCGAUGUCCCCGUUGUCUGCACGAGUCUGUGAACCAAUUUCAAGUCCGUGUUGUAGGUGUCGCUGUUGACCACGUCUGCAUCCGCAGUGCGAGCGUGUGUGCAGGAGAGAGGAGGCUGCGUCUCAAGGCCAUUUUCAAAUCUCAUUGGUGGGCUUGUCAUGUGGUCGGGAGGCAUCCUGACUUACACGGAGAUUGUUUUUCCUAUAGAUAUGUCAGCUUACAAAGGACAUCUCUCUCCUCUAAAGAACUUAACCCCAAAAAAUGUCCUUCCCCAGUAGCUCUCCUGCGGCAAACACAUUUUUAGUGGACUCUUUAAUUGGUGCUUGCAGGACGGACAGCUUUUACUCCAACAGCAACAUGUACAUGCCGUCUGGCUCUGAAAUGGGAACUUACGGAAUGCAAACCUGUGGACUCCUGCCGUCUUUCGGCAAACGAGGGGAGGUCAACCACCAAAAUAUGGGCAUGAAUGUCCACUCUUACAUACCUCAAAUAGAUAACUGGACUGAUCCGAAUAGACCCUGCAGAAUAGAGCCGUCCAGUCCGAUGACAAACUGUUCAUUUUCACAGAGCAUAAAAGAAGAGAGUAACUGCUGCAUGUACUCCGAUAAGAGAGUGCAAAAAGUCAGCCUGACAGAAGUCCCCGCAUAUUCCAAUGUUAUUCCCGAAUCCUGUCCAGUCGAUGGUCCCGAGAUCCCGGUUCCGGGCUAUUUCAGACUGAGCCAAACUUAUGCGAACGGGAAGCACCAGGAUAAUUACUGCCAUGAGCCGACGAGUCCAAACCCAACGCUGAUGCAACUCAGCCGGGUCACCCCGAAACCGCCGCAGUCGUCGUCCUCUAAUUUCGCAGAGGUUGAAAAGAAAAGCGAGGACGUCGGGCAAGACCCUGACACCUCGAGGACCCCGGUUCCCGCGGAAAGUCCGGAUCCCAAGUCCAGCUCUGAGGAGAAAAGCUGCUCCAUGGAAGCCUCUGUGUCUAGUCCUGAGCUGCAACAGAAGGAAGGGAAAGACUGUAAGAGUGACACGCCGACAAGCAACUGGUUGACAGCAAAAAGUGGGAGAAAGAAAAGAUGCCCCUACACAAAGCACCAGACCUUGGAGUUGGAGAAGGAGUUUCUGUUCAAUAUGUAUCUGACCCGAGAGCGCCGCCUAGAGAUCAGCAGGAGCGUCAACCUGACCGACAGGCAGGUCAAGAUCUGGUUUCAGAACCGCAGGAUGAAACUGAAGAAAAUGAACAGGGAAAACCGCAUCCGUGAACUGACCUCAAAUCUCACUUUUUCGUGAGCCUUGCAUGUUACCAGUAGGUUAUAGCUAUCUUUUGUUUUUUUUUAUUUCUCUCAUACUCAGUUUGAUGCUUUAGUGGCAUUGGACGUUUAUCUUCAAUUUCAACGAAACUGUGACUAUAUGUGCCAUUUUUAGUACUUUGUGUAGCGUCGUGUAAUUUGUUUUAUUUAAUCACAGGGUAACACUUUAUGGUCUUAAAUUAUUGGAGAAGUAGAUUCCUUCCCUCCGCCAGUAGACAUGGAUGCUCUAUUGUGUCGGGGCGGCGAGCUGUGUGGAAAGAUGUGACUUUUAUUUCUGUCAUGAAAGCACAUUUAAUUGUCGUAGAGUGCAACAUUUGUUUUACAGUAAGUGCAAGCCAUUUGCUCAAUAGUGAAAUGUUUCUAUGAGCCUUUUAAAGUGGCGCUAAACAAUGUUAAUCUGUGAAUUUACUGCAUGUUUGUGGCAUGUAUCUUGCAAUAAAUAGAUUGUCAAAUAA